UCAUUUAGCCAUUUCCUUUUAGAGGUAGAUAUAUAAAGGGGUUGUAUGUCGUACUUUUUAAAAGUAGUAUUUGGUCUUUGUGUAUGCGCACACAUUUCGUCGUCAACGCAAAUGUGAAAAUUUUUGUAGUAGAAGAAUACGAUAUUGCAUAGUACCACCUAAUGAUGCCGUUGCAAUUACUUGGACAUUCGCUCAUAUUGUUCGUCAUUGCGAACAAUGUAAUACUGGGAUAUGGAAAUUCGGAAAACACGGGUACACAGGAAGCGAGCGAGACGGAAAAUGUGCUAAACGACGCGCCAGAUACAGUAAUCACAGAUUUCAACAAUGUUAAAAGCAGAAAAGGCGGAAGACGUGUGUUUGAGGGAGGUUGCAUUCGUGUACCGAAUGCGCCUGUAAAUGGCAAAAUUAAAUGUUCUCUCGACAGCGGCUGUAUCGCAAGUUGCGCACCGGAUUACAAAUUUCCAAAUGGAGCAUUUCACUUGAAAAUUACCUGUAAAAAUAAAGAGUGGCAGAUUGAAGAAAGCGAAUGGAAUACGAUACCACAUUGCGAGCCCAUCUGCAUGCCCGAGUGUGUAAAUAACGGAAUAUGCAUCGCGCCUCAUCAUUGUGACUGUCCUGAACAUUUUACCGGUCCGCAGUGCCAAUUCGAAGAUAAACCAUGUUUAAAUUUUCCUCCGCCCGUGAUUAAUUCUUAUAGAAAAUGCAACACGAAAACGUGUACUGUGUCCUGCAUGAAUCACUUCUCUUUUCCCGAUGGAUCGUCUGUUGCUAAUCUGAUUUGCAAGAACGGAAGUUGGAAAACAACCAGAAGCGAUUGGGUGUCAAUCCCGGAUUGCGAACCUGUGUGCGAUCCGCCUUGUCAGAAUGGUGGCAAUUGUUUACCGAUGAAUCUGUGCCAAUGUCCUCAGGAUUAUCGAGGAUCUCAGUGUCAAUAUACUGCCAACGCUUGCAACACUGAGAAAUUACGCUUUAAUGGUGGAUAUUAUUGCACUGGUGUCGGUGACUCGUACUCUUGCACACUGAAUUGUCCGCCGGGAGUGGAAUUCGAAUUUCCGCCUGCUGCAACUUACACUUGUACCUACGAUAAAGGAAUCUUCGAACCGCAACCAAUACCUCAGUGUAAAGUUGACAAUAACAUUAAGAUUAUUUCGCUUGGCACAACGCAACACAUUGGCACUUCCUCCGCUUAUGUAUCGAAUCACUCUUGGUCGAUUCAAGAUGUCUACAACACGAAAACAAAAUAUUCUCAAGAAAAUUGGCAGCACAGUGUUCAUACAAGCAAUACAUCAUCAUAUCCGAUUCAGUUUAACACAAACAACAAUCGCGUAAUGGUUCUUGAGAUGAAUCGACCAAAGCCGAAGACUUGUUUCACCUGGAGCGGCGUGCAUUAUAAAACUUUCGAUGAUAAAAUUUACAGUCUCAAGAGCAACUGUUCUUAUACACUUCUUCGGGAAACCGAAGACGAUGUCUGCACGAUCAUCGCGCUAAAUAGUCCGGGCUGCAGAACCGGCUCGAAUGGUCGUUGUUCGAAAAUUGUAAAACUAUUUGUACACGAUAAAGAAUACACGCUCACUAAUGACGAGACGGAAAUGCCGAUAUUUUUCAGCGGUAAACGAUUACUACCGAUACCAGCGUACUUGCCCGGAUUGCAUAUAGACAAGUCUGCACAUUUUAUUCUGGUCUCUAUUGACUCGCUGGGUGUGAAGCUCAAAUGGGACGGGGCCUUGUUACUACAGAUUGAGGCAUCCGAAAAUUUAUGGAAUAAAACAGCCGGUCUGUGCGGUACGAUGAACGAUGAUCAAGACGAUGAAUUUUUAACGAAGAGUGGAAACCAAGCGAAAAGUACACUAGCAUUUGCAAGUUCUUGGCGCGUGGAUAAUCUUGAGGAAACAUGUGAUGAUUAUCCGAGUACACAAAAUCCUUGUCAGUCGGAAACUGAGUUCGAUCGAAACGCUAUCGAAUUCUGCGUCAAGUUGCUCUCCAACUAUAAAUUCAAGAUUUGUGCCAACACUAUAAAUCUUUCGGAACUAACAAAGGCAUGCUUAUGGGAUUAUUGCGCGUGCGAGUACGAUGAUAAGAGGAAAUGUGCUUGUAAUACCAUAGAUGUGUAUAUUCGUCAGUGCACUCAGAAAGGAAUCACACGAUUGAUUGAGUGGAGGAACAACGAUACUUGCCCAAUUUCCUGCAACGGUGGACGAGUAUAUAUGUCGUGUGGUCCAAAAGUGGAAGCGUCCUGUUUUUCCGGUAUCGAAGCAAAAAGUGAAAAUUCUGAAUGUGAAGAAGGUUGCUUCUGUCCAAUGGGUACCUUGGAACAUCAAGGCAGAUGUAUCUCUCCGGACGAAUGUCCGUGCAAAUUGAGAGGCAAAUUGUUCCAACCUGGUACAAGCGUGCCUAAGGGUUGCAACACUUGCACAUGCACUUCCGGCAAGUGGGUGUGCACACAAAUACGAUGUGGUGCUAGAUGCGCCGUUGUGGGCGACCCGCAUUAUACGACAUUCGACGGCAAGCAUUAUGAUUUUAUGGGAAAGUGCAACUACUACUUGAUAAAAGGAGAUAAUUAUACGAUCGAAAGCGAAAACGUUCCGUGUUCAGGAGCGAUAUCAGAAAUCAUGGGUUUUGCUUCUGUAGAUUCCCCCUCGUGCACCAAAACUGUUACGAUAAAUUUCCGAGAUACUUCUAUCAAAUUAAAACAAAAUCGUCAAAUUACGAUAAAUAAUAACGAAGUAAUGAAAUAUCCGGUAUUCUUUGAAAGUACUCGAAUACGAAUUGCGAGCAGUAUAUUUGUAGCAAUUCACUUACCAAAUGGUUUGGAAGUAUGGUGGGAUGGUGUUUCGCGUGUAUAUAUUAAUGCUCCUGCUGAAUUUCACGAUCGAACGAAAGGACUUUGCGGGACAUUCACCGAAAAUCAAAAAGACGAUUUUCUAACGCCAGACGGCGAUAUCGAGCCCGCGGCAAUUGCUUUCGCAAAUAAAUGGAAAACAAAUGAAUACUGCGUUGAUGAAUCCAAAAACGAACCAAAGCACCCUUGCGAAUUAAAUCCUCAAAAACGGAAGACAGCUGAAGAAUACUGUUCUAAGAUACAUGGCGACAUUUUUUCAGGCUGCCACUGGUAUGUUGAUCCAACGGAAUUUUAUCGAGAUUGCAUGUACGAUAUGUGCGCGUGCGAAACCGAUAUAAAAUCCUGUCUCUGUCCGAUGUUAGCAGCGUACGCUAAAGAUUGCGCAGCGCUGGGUGUAAAGUUUUUCUGGCGUUCCGAGAUUGAUGAGUGUAAAAUUCAUUGCAGUGCUGGCCAGACUUAUCAAAUUUGUGGAAAUAGCUGCACAAGAUCGUGCACGGACAUAUCCUUUUAUCAGGAAUGCAAACAAGAAUGCGUAGAAGGUUGCAACUGUCCGAACGGCCAGACGUUAGAUGCGAAUGGCGAAUGCAUUCCGAUCGCUCUAUGUCCCUGCCUAUAUGCAGGCCGAGAAUACAAGCCUAAUCAUCGAGAAGUCCGACCGGGCACCAAGGGACAAGAACUUUGUUCUUGUAUAGGUGGCAUAUGGGAAUGCCGAUUAGCAACGUCAGACGAAAUAAAAGAAUAUCCAUCGGUCAAAGAUCUUCUAUCCGUCUGCCAUUCCAGCAAUCAUAUGGAAGUGACGGAUUGUGAGCCGGUAGUGCAAAGAACUUGCAGUAAUAUGCACGUGCCGAGCAAACAAACGCCAUCGAUUUGUACCUCCGGUUGCGUAUGCAAGUCCGGAUAUGUUUUAGACGCGCCGAAUGGUGUGUGCAUCAAAGAAGAAGAUUGUCCCUGCCAUCACGGUGGGAAAAGUUACAAGGAAGGUUCGGUUAUACAAGCCGAGUGUAAUACUUGCACUUGCGAGAACACCAAGUGGAAAUGUACAGACAGAAUUUGCUCAGGUAUCUGUUCUGUAUGGGGCGACUCGCAUUACAAGACAUUUGACGGCAAAAUGUACAACUUCCAAGGUAUAUGCGAUUAUGUUCUGGUAAAAAGCGCGCUGAGGAAAGAAGAGUAUUUUGACAUCUCGAUUCAGAAUAUGCUCUGUGGGACAAACGGAGUUGCAUGCUCAAAAUCGAUCAAACUGAUCGUUGGUAGCGGUGAACAGCAAGAAGAGUUGGUUUUAACAAGAGCGAAGGAGUUACCGAAGGGAUCUUUCAAGAGAAUGACAAUAAGAACUGCUGGUCUUUUUGUAUUUGUUGACGUACCAGAUUUGGGAUUAGUAUUGCAAUGGGACAAAGGUACCAGAGUCUAUGUUAGAUUAAAUCCAGAAUGGAAAGGUCGCACGAUGGGUUUAUGUGGUGAUUAUAACGACAACAGCGAGGAUGAUUUCAAGACACCGUCUGGUGGAAUAUCCGAAGCUUCAGUCAAUUUGUUCGCGGAUUCAUGGAAGAAGGACGUAUCUUGCUUUAAGCCAAGAAAUCUACAGGAUGUAGAUAUUUGUGAGCAGCAUCCUGAACGUAAACUAUGGUCGUUACGACAGUGCAACGUGCUCAAAUCGUCAUUGUUUUCACCGUGUCAUUCGGAAGUGGAGGUUGAGCCGUAUCUAACUAAUUGCAUUUUUGACACUUGCAGUUGCGACACCGGUGGCGAUUGUGAAUGUUUGUGCACGGCGUUAGCCGCAUACGCGCAUGAAUGUAACGCGCGAGGCGUUCCAAUCAAAUGGCGAAUGCAAGAACUUUGUCCUAUGCAAUGCGACGAAAAAUGUAGUAUGUAUUCACCUUGCAUCUCAACUUGCCCGCGCGAGACGUGCGACAACUCGAUGACCGUGAAACGCAGCUCGCAUCUGUGCGCAGAAGACACGUGUGUUGAGGGAUGUCAAUUUAAACCCUGCUCCGAAGAUUAUAUUUACCGAGACGCCAAUUACACGGAGUGUGUACCGAAGUCUACAUGCUCUAAGCCAUUUUGUACUGAGAUUGACGGAGUGAUAUAUUACGAGGGCGAUCGAGUCAGUGGUGACGAUUGCCAUAGCUGUUUUUGUAGUCGCGGAAAAGUGACCUGCAAAGGAGAAGCUUGUACAACUACUAAUAUCCCUACCGUACCCUUAGCAGAGUCUGAGAAAUGUAUAGACGGUUGGUCUAUGUGGAUUAACAAAGAUUCAGCAGUGAAUGAAGGAAAGAAGUUGUUGGAUGUAGAGCCGUUGCCUAGUUUAACGAAUCUUGCCAACGCGGACGGAUUCGGAGCUUGCGAUAAAGAAAACAUGAUUGACAUAAAAUGCAGAUCCGUCAGGAGACACUUGAGUCCGAAAGAGACUGGUCUUGACGUGGAGUGUAGCCUGGAACGCGGCUUGUACUGUCAAUCACAUUAUCCAGAUCAUCUUUGUAUGGACUUUGAGAUAAGCGUGUUAUGUCGCUGCUUCGAACCAGUUACACACGGUGUCGAAAUCGCAACAACGGAGAUUACAGAACAACAAGAGUGUAACGCAACACAUCUCAAUCUUCCGCAUCCGACUAAUUGUCAACUGUUUUAUCAAUGUGUUCCUCUACUAAUGGGAAAAUACAAAUUGAUGGAAAAAUCAUGCGGUCCCGGCACUUUGUACAACUCGAAAACUCAAGUGUGCGACUGGCCAGCGGAAGUUAUACGUACAAGACCGGAAUGCUCGAGCGAGUUGACCACAAAAUCUACCGUAAGUAGUACAUUUGAAUGGAACAACGCUAGUUACACCCACAGUUAUGAAAAUAAGACAGUAUCGAUGUCAGCGAACAAAACAAUGACGACAACGACGACGAACGUGUGCAAAGACGGCGAGAUGUGGAGCGAAUGUGCGAUUCAGUGCGCCAGGACGUGUCAGUAUUAUCGUCACGUCUUGACGAUAAGAGGCGAUUGCGUCGAAGAUACCGACUGCGUUGUCGGAUGCGUCUCAAUUUACCAGCCAACUUGUCCUCCGGAUAAAUUAUGGAUAGACAGUACUACUUGUGUAGAUGCAAAUCACUGUCUAUGUAAGUCUCACGAUGGAGUCCCAGUCGCGCCGGGUGCUAUCAGGAAGGAGUCGGACUGCGAGACUUGUCAAUGUAUCAAUAAUUAUUACACUUGCGAUACAACUGUCUGCAAUACUAACGUAUCAAGCUUUGAAAGAACAACCGAAAGAGAAACAACCGUCCCUAUGGAAUUCAGUACAACUGUAAAGAGUACUUGGGAAACACCGAUUAUCGUGUAUAGCACAGUCAAUCCACCUGGCGAGUGCAACGACGCAAAUUACGUGCCACUGAUACGGACCCUACAAAAAGAAGUGACCAUCCGUGCCAGUAGCAGUAAGGAUUCUCCAUUACAACCUGAAAAUCUAUUACUGCAUAUGAAAGGAACUGAGAUAUCAACUGAAACAUCUAGGAAAUACUGGGAACCCGAGAUGAUGGACACAAAUCAGUGGCUCGACAUUGAGUUCAAUAAACCUGAACCGAUUUAUGGAGUGAUUUUGCAAGGUGGCAUUACAUCAGACAAGUACGUGACCAGUUACAAGGUGCUUUUCUCGGAAAAUGGUCAGACCUUCUCACAUGUACUGAAUUAUGAGAAACAACCGCGCGUGUUCAGAGGACCUGUCGACAAAAUUCAAUCCUCAGAGCAAAGAUUUGAUCAACCGAUCGAAGCAAAGAUUAUUCGUAUCAAGCCUUUAACGUGGCACAACGGUAUAGCAAUCAAAAUAGAAGUAAUUGGUUGUCAGGAUCACACAACGUUAACAAGCGUGCAGCCAACAAUAAAAUCGACUACGAUCUCGGAAAUUGUGAAACCGGUGUGCGAGGAUUCAAUGGGAUUGGACAACGGACUGAUGACUUUUGAACAAGUCUUACUCUCGAGCUCGCCGCAACUCAUUCAGGAUCUUUCGUUAUCGUCGGAAGGUGUGUGGCGUGCCAAGCUAGACAAUCCGCAUGAAUACGUUCAGUUUGACUUUCUAGAGGCUAGAAAUUUAACCGGAGUCACGACUAAGGGAGGCAACGAUGCUUGGACAACCGCUUACAAAAUAUUCUACGGCAAUGACGGACGCAACUGGAACCCGGUUAUCGACGAAAACGGUAACGAGAAAGUGUUUCUUGGUAAUUACGAUGCAGAAAGUCAACAUACUAACUUUUUCGAAAAACCGUUACAUGCGAGGUUUCUAAAAAUACAACCCAUUAAGUGGCAUAAUCAUGUUGUAUUGAAAGUCGAAAUACUCGGUUGCUAUGUAGCGUAUCCUACUACAGUAUCGGAGAUACCUACAACAACAAGAUCGACAACAAUAUCAUUUGAACAAGAGUGCAAUGUGUGCGACGGAGUCAUUGAUGAGACAAAGUCGAGUAACACAAGUUGCAGAUGUCAAAAUCCCGAUUGGUGGGACGGAGAGUCGUGCGUAUCAAAACAAGAAUGUCCUUGCGUAGUCGGGCACGUUCCUUACGCAAUAGGCAGCGUCUACGAGACGGAGGAUUGUCAAGAAUGCGUCUGCGCUUUAGGUGGAACGGCUGUGUGUUUUCCGAAGAAAUGCAAAACUUGCGAACUAGGACUGCGAUCCGUCCUUAGCGAACUGUGCACUUGCUUGUGUAAACCUUGUCCUGUAGGCACCAAACACUGUCCCACGAGCAAUAUAUGUGUCAAUGAAACUGCAUGGUGCGACGGCGUUCAAGAUUGUCCGGAUGACGAAAAAGAUUGUCCAAAGGUAAUGGAAACGACACCUGUUACGAUCGAAUUUACGGAAAUGACCAGCGUGAUCAGUACGGAGGUCACGUCUUUCAGUACCGUCUCAGUUACGCCGUUGAUAUGCGAGGAACCGUCUUGUCCUCCCGGUUACAAAGUGGUUUUGACGCGAUCGUCUCCUAACAAAUCACGUUACAAUGUUAACACAAACGUAAAAUCUAAAGGUCGUAAAGACUUUCGAAAAGGUCAUGGGAAGGAUCCGUUCCAAAGUCGACCAAUAAAAGACCAAGAGUAUCAGCUAGCGGAAAAUAUCGAGUGCCCUGAAUUUAUUUGCGUGUCUACUAAACCUCCGCCUAUUCUGCCUGGCGGUGACAUAAAACCGAAGGAAUGUUCGGAGCCGUCGUGUCCGCCACAGUACGAGGUGGUGUUUGAAAAGAUAGGGAUGUACAAGACGUACGAAUGUCCCAAAUAUGCGUGCCGACCGGUGACUCCACCAGAGGUAAUUUGCAAUGUGACGGGAAGAACAUUCAAUACAUUCGACAAUAUGGAGUAUAAGUACGAUAUCUGCAAUCACAUUCUAGCUCGAGAUAUGUACACUAACGAGUGGUAUAUUACGCUGGAGAAACUAUGUGUCAAACAACGUCAAGAACAACAUUGCACUCGGAUUCUAACGGUCAUAUUGAACCAGCGCGCAAUCGUGCUUUAUCCGGGCUUACACGUAGACAUAGAUGAAUAUGCUUUUACGGCUGAGCAGAUUGCGCACUUCGGAAAUCGUCUCCCCGGUUUUGAGCUUUCGCGCACAGGCGACAGGAUUAUUCUCAUCUCGCAUCACUAUGGGUUUUGGGUAAUCUGGGAUUCGAAUGCCAACGUGAAGAUUGGCGUCACUACAAAAUUAGCUGGUCGUGUGGACGGCCUGUGCGGAUACUUCGAUGGUAAUGCAAUAAACGAUCGUCAGACACCCGACGGGACACAAACAAGGAGCACCGUUGAGUUUGGAAACAGUUGGGCUAUGGAAAAUUCAUGCGAUCAGCAUGUGUGUCCACGGGAUCUUCAAGAACAAGCUUGGACGAUUUGUAAUUCUGUGAAAAGAUCAACACUGCUGAAUGCGUGCUCCGCGGUCAUCGAUUUUGACAGAUUCGUGUCUCGCUGCGUGGAAAGUACUUGUUCUUGCCUGCACGCUUCUAAUAGCUCCUAUGAGGAUUGUCGUUGUCACCUACUGACAAAUUUUGUCGGUGAGUGCAAAGCCGCCAGCGAUUCUAAUAUGGAUCUAUUAAGAAAUUGGAGAACUGUUUACGACUGUCCUGUAAGCUGUCCACCGCCAUUCAUCCAUCGGGAUUGCUUUCGUAGCAAGUGCGAGAUUACUUGCAACAAUUUGCACGAGAUAGAACCGUGUCCACCUAUGCGAGGCAUUUGCUUCCCCGGUUGCUUUUGUCCAGACGGAUUGGUACGUCGAAAUAACGAGUGCGUGCCUCCGACGCAGUGUCGGGACUGUAUAUGCGAUGGCCUCGGCAAUGCCCAAUUUAUCGACUUUGAACGCAGGAAUUUCAAAUUCGCAGACAACUGCACUUACUUAUUGUCAGGAACUGUCUUGGAAAACGUGAAGAAUCUGGAUAAAGCACGAGCAUAUCAAAUUUUAAUUACUAACGGGAAUUGUGCUACUGGCACAUGCACAGAAGCUAUUACAUUGCUUUAUGAUGAUCAUGUAGUGCAAAUAAAAUAUAUGGAAAAAUGGAGAAAAGAACUACAGAUGUUAAUUGAUGACGUCCAAGUAAAAAACUUCCCAAGCAACCGCACAUGGAUCGUGCUAGAUCGAACACUUACCGGAGAUAUGACUCUGCUGAUACCAUUUAUUCAACUGGAACUCGUUGCUGUUUCACACAAUUUCGUAUUUACCUUGAAACUACCUUCGCACAUUUUCAGCGGUAUCACCGAAGGUUUGUGCGGCAGCUGCAACGCCGAUGCUGAAGGUGGUUUUAAGAAACGUGAUGGAAACAUCACCGACAAUGCCGAGGACUUUGGCAAAUCUUGGUUAAUGGAGAAUCUACCAGCACAAUUAAAAUUAAAUGACCAGACAUGUUCUAGUAAUCGUCAACCUCAAUGUACGCCUCCACCAGCAGAUGAAGAUAUUUGCAUAAAGUUACUAAAUUUAUCGGAAUUCAAGCGUUGUCACAACAUUGUCGAUCCAAAACCAUAUUUGGAUUGCUGUCAUAACGCGUUGUGCACCGGCGGAAAUUAUUGUGACAGUUUGGAGAUGUACGCAAGAAAAUGUUCGGAAGAUGGUUUGUGUCCAGCUUGGAGAACCGACGAGAUCUGUCCGUACGAAUGUCCUACAGAUUUUGUCUAUCAACCAUGCCGUUACGAUUGCAAAGAAACAUGCGAUACUUGGAUGAACAAAUCAGACAAUCGAGAUUGCACAUCCGUUCCUGUCGAAGGAUGCUUUUGUCUAGAAGAUCACGUAUUACACAAUAAUUCCUGUAUACCGAAAAAAAAUUGUUUUGUCUGCGAUAAGGAUAAUCAUGUAGAGGGAGAUAUCUGGCAUCCGGAUAAAUGCACUGAAUGCAGUUGUAACGGUCGAGUUGUGAGUUGUCAAAAGACAGAAUGUCCUGUAGUGGACACGAUAUGCGAAGAAAAUAUGACACCGGUGCUUAUUAAUGGAACCGAAGAGAGAUGUUGCGCCAAGUAUUUAUGCAGUCCAAAACCAACAGUACCAACAGUAUGUGUCGAACCUCAAGAGCUAGAAUGUGGCUUUGGUCAGACGAUGAAAGCAAUUAUUGAUGCUGAUGGAUGUCACAAAUUCGUAUGCCAAUGUCUGCCUAUAAGCGAAUGCCCCACUUUCAACGAGCUUACAAAUGACGUUGAACAACCUGGCCUCAUACAAGUAAUGAAUACAUCAGGUUGUUGCCCGCGACCAAGUAAAAUAUGUGACCCAAAAACUUGUCCUUCCGCUCCAAAUUGUCCAGAUUAUUACAACACAUCUAUAAAAACACUUGUGGACAGUUGUUGCCCUACUUAUGAGUGUGUGCCUCCAAAAGACGUUUGUCUUUAUACAAAUAAUGAUCAAGGCAAGCAACAUGUAAUAGUAAAACAACUUGGAGAAGAGUGGAAGGACGGCAAAUGCAAAACAUGCGUAUGCGAGAAUUCGUAUAAAGAUCCUAAACCCAACUGUUUGAUUACGGAGUGUCCAAAUAUCAAUGAUCAUUCUGAUCUGAAUGACUAUAUAUUGGAGGAAGUAGUACUGGAUGAUAAAUGUUGUACAAUCUUUGUACGUACUGCCUGCAAAUCGAAGGACAAAAUAUAUCAUGUUGGCGAAAUCUGGAAGCCUAACGAUGAAAAUGCUUGCGUUACGAUGCAAUGUGACAAAGAUUCAAAUGGUGUGCAAAAACUAAUUAAAGUUCAAGAAUGUAAUACCACAUGCGAUUAUGGUUACGAAUACGAAGCGCCUAUUGACAUCAGCAUUAAUUGUUGUGGAACGUGCGUCCAAAUUGCAUGCAUUGUAGAAGGCAUGCUUAAGAGGAUAGGAGAGCAAUGGUACUCGAACGAUCAUUGCACGACGUUCUUUUGCAAAUCAGCAAAUGAAAGUGUAUACAUAGAAGCGAAUACUGAAACUUGUCCAGAAAUCGAUCCGCAAUUAGAAUCCGAGUUUGAGAUAGAAAUACGCAAAAUUCCAGGAAAGUGUUGUCCGGAAAUUGUCAAAACAGCUUGUCGUAGCAACGGAAAAUUAUACAAGCCUGGAGAAAAAUGGAAAUCUCUGACGGAUAACUGCGUUAUUGAAACGUGUGUUGGUCCAAAUAUAACAAAGCACAAAGAAAUUGAAGUUUGUACAGAACAAUGUGGUCAAGGAUGGACGUACAAAGAACCAAAAGAUAAUGAAUGUUGCGGAAUUUGCAAGCAAGAGUAUUGUGUCUACAACGAUACAUUGUACUCACCUGGUAUAACAUCUUCUAAUAAUGAUUGUGUUACUUACACAUGUAUGGAACACAAUAACCAGCUAUCUCUUGCUGUAAGCACUGUUACUUGUCCAGAUAUAACAGGUUGUCCAAAUGAAUCAAUUUAUUUCGAUCAAUGUUGUAAUCGAUGUAAUUUAACCAUUCUUAAUAUAGAAGAAAAAAGCAAAUGCAAGCCAAGUGUUAUGGAUGCAAAGAGCACUAUAGGCAUGCUGAUUGUAAAUCAUCCUUUACACGGGAAAUGUAAGAAUGUAAAUGCUAUUGAAGAUACGAGAUAUUGCAGUGGAACAUGCCAAUCUUCGACAUUUUUUGACAGUGGAAGUUGGAAUCAAGUGAACGAUUGUCAAUGUUGUCAAGUAAAAGAAUAUGUUACCAUUAAUGUCGACCUGAUGUGUGAAGACGGCAGAAGAUUAAAAAAGCAACUAGCAACACCCAGUUCUUGUUCCUGCCAGAGUUGUACUUCCUUGAAAAUGAAGAAUGAAAAUAAGAAAGGGCUGCGGUUCUUCGAAUAAAUAAUAAUUCGGAUAUCCGAAUAGUGACGUNAUCGACUAUUCGUAAUCCGGAUACUUCGAAGUAUCUGGAUUUCGAACAGCUAGAGAACGAAUAUUUUUACACUCCGAAUAAAACGGAUAGAACAAUUCAAAUAAUGAAGGUCGCAUUGUGCAGUCAAACAUGUAACUUGCGACAUUUCUCUCUCACUAUUUUAAGAUUGUAAACCUUACAUUAUAAUCAAUGUGUGUGUAUAUGUAUUAACCAAAAAAGACUAAAAGUUAAUUUAUAAAAAAGUAAAUUAACAUGUUAGAAUUUCUAUUAGCCUUUAUCUAUAUGCACUUAUUUGUUAAAAAAUCUAUCUUGAUUGUUUAUUUGUUACUCAUGUAAUUAUAAAUGAA